AUGAAUGAAGAGGAGAUCAGGGCUGCAAAGGCGGCCGCCGCUAGCGCUCGGGCGUCCCUGGCCCCGUUGAUGCUCAACGAGCAGGGGAUCGCAGAAGAGCCGGAACCCGAUUCGAUGGAAGAAGAUUUCUUUGAGGAAUCGCGUAAGGAAGAACAGGAGGCCACUACGGAAGCUGAAAAAGAAGAGCAAAGGAGGCGCCGCAAGGCAGCUGCCGAUAAGUGGCUUCGAGACAAGGGUUUUACCAUUGUGCAAAGAGGAAAAAAAGGAGAACCGUCCAACAAGCGAGGCAGAAAAGACAUCGAAACCCCAAGCCCGGCAGGAGAAACAGAAUCAUCUUCUCUCCCCUCAAGAGGCAAACCACCACCAAUUCCUCCCCGUAGGUCAGAAGCGACCACGGAGUCAAGCCAACAAUUCAAACAGCCACCGGCCAACAGAAUGACAACCUCAUUCGAAACCCGCCUUGUAGCAAAAGAAAACGACAUGAUCGUAGAUCUAAAGAAGGUGAGCCCGAUUCUAAUCAAUAAGCGCCUUAGCGAGCAAGUAAGCAAGGGCUCAGUCUCCAGCUGGAAGAUAAACCCGGGUGGCUCGUUAACCGUUGUCGCAACGGGCGCAGCUGAGCUACUAGAGGUGAUGGCCAUCCAAACCAUGGGAUCAUGGACCAUAUCGUUGGUACCAAAAACGUGCAAAGGUGUAGUACAUGGAGUGCAUCACCUCAUUACUAUGGAAGAGUUCCUGGAAGAAGCAAGUGCAGUCAACCAGGGCAACGCCGUCAAAAUUGUAAACGCUGCGCGCAUAGAAAGCCGACCUGGGGGCCCAUACAAGUCUACAAGCAGCGUCAUUGUCACGUUUGAAGCGGCGGAGUUACCUGACUCGGUUAAAAUACUGAACAGUAUACACCGGGUAACCCAAUACAUCCCAGAGCCUACCCAGUGCUACAAAUGUCGCCGGCCGGGACACAUUGCCAAGGAAUGCGGAGGAAAGCAACGGUGUGCAAGAUGCGGAGGAGUGCACCUCACCAAAGACUGCACGGUAACGAGAGAGCACUGGAAGUGCCCAAACUGCAAGGGCCCCCAUAGUGCAGCUUUCCGUGGCUGCCCCCAGUGGAAAGAAGCAAAGGCUGUCAUCAGAAUAGCAGUUGUGGAAAACAUCCCUCGAUCUGCAGCAGUGGCCAAAGUAAGAAGUGGUCAAUCAUAUGCCGCGGCAGCAAAAGCAACGGAUCAGAGCGAUACACAAAAAGAAAAAACCUCGGAACCGAAAAACGCAGGCUCCUCCGACGAAUCACCAGACAAAAAUGCUCAAACAACCGAGCCCCUCCAAGAGGUGGCACAGCAAAGAGGGAGAAAAGAUAAAUUGUCCAGCGUAGAAAAAAAGCUGGAAGCCUUCAUGAAGAUAAUGGCGCAAUUCAUGGACAUCCUGAGUGCAUGCACAAACAACCAACACCUAAGAACCCUCGCCGGAGCAGCCAAAGCUCUGUUGACACACGAAAGCAGUGAAAACAGCGACAGCAGCAAAGACGACAAAAGCAAGACGUGGCUAGACGAGUCUAAAGAGUUCGAAAUUGACGGCUUCGAUCACAUCAGAGCGGACAGAAGAGACAGGAUUGGAGGAGGAGUAGCGACUUUUGUCGCCAUCGGCACCCCCUUCCGACAGAUUGAUCUGCCGCCAUCCACACUAGAAGUAGUCGCAGUAGAGGUUUUCACCGACGGAAAAAGCAUCUCCAUUUGCAAUAUCUACCACUCAAGUCAGGAGAACGAUGUGCAAGUUUUUGAAAAUAUCCUCAGAGAUUUACCCCCUGACUCCACUCCUUUUCUGUGCGGAGACUUCAACAGCCACCACGAAAUGUGGGGAGGAAAGAAAAACGACCACAAAGGGCUCAGUCUUGUAUCUUUCAUCGAAGAAAACGGGCUAGUUGCACUUAACGACGGGAAUAUAACGUACAGAUCCAGUUCAGGAGCAUCCUCCGUCCUAGACUUGACCAUAACAACGCCAGAUAUUGCUGCAAAGUGCAGCUGGUCGGUCGUAUCUGAAUCAACGUUCGGCAGUGAUCACCAUCCAGUAAUGACAAACAUCGCCAUACCGGUCCCCGUGGAACGCAGCAACAACUCUAGGUGGAAUUUUAAAAAAGCUGACUGGGUCGGCUUUGCUCAAACGUGCGCAGACAUAUCCUACAUGGACCUCUUCUCCACCGAUAUUGAUGUUUUCAAUAACAAUGUGACUCACGCCAUCAUCCUAGCAGCCAGCAACCACAUCCCAGUCGUGCGACAAGGACACCACAAGCCGGGCGUCCCAUGGUGGAAUGCAGCGUGUGCAGACGCCAUCAAAGAAAAAGAAAAGGCCUGGGUGAGAGCAAACGCAUCAAGAAAUCCAGACGACUACAAAAUAUACAGCACUUUACGUAACAAAAGCCGAUCGGUGAUGCGAAACGCGAAGAAAGAGCACUGGCGAGCUCACUGUAGCACAAUAAACAAGAACACAACGUCCCGUGAUCUCUGGGAAAAAACCAACCAAAUGCUGGGGCGAAACAACAAAACAAAACCGAUCUCGGUGCUACUCGACAAAAAUGGGACGUGUGUUACGGAGUCAUCAGCAAAAGCCAACCUAUUUGCAAAGCAUUACAAAGCAGUGAGUAGUGACACCAACCUAUCAGAAUCCUUUCUCCAACACCGCCGAAUUUCCGAACAGUCCAUGGAAGAUGGUGAAGCGGACGAGCCGGACGGACGGAUAGAAGACGCAGAAAUGAAUGCAGAUUUCUCAAUGCAAGAGCUGACGACCGCCCUAAAAGAAGCAAAAGAUACAGCAGUGGGAAGCGACCGAAUAUCUUUAUCAAUGCUACGCCACCUACCGGAUACAGCCCUACGUACGCUACUGGCCCUGUACAACGAGUCCUGGAAACAAGGCACGCUACCGAAAGGAUGGAAGCACUCGCUGAUCAUCCCCUUGUUGAAGCCAAACAAAACUGCAUCGAAACCGGAGUCAUACCGGCCGAUCUCGCUUACCCCGGUGCCAUGCAAGGUCCUGGAGAGAAUGAUUAAAAUCAGACUCUCUUGGUACCUUGAGAAAAAUCUCCUCCUCGCCCCAAAUCAAAGUGGUUUCCGACGAAACAGAGGGACUAUGGACAAUUUAGUGAGGCUCGAAAAUUCGGUCCAAUCAGCCCUAAACAACAAAGGAUAUGUGAUGGCAGUCACGCUCGAUCUUGAAAAAGCCUACGACAUGAUCUGGAUAAAAGGACUAAUUUACAAGCUCAAAAAGCUCAGCAUAAGAGGCAACAUGCUCAAGUGGAUUACCUCCUUUUUGGUCGGUCGGACAGCACAAGUAUCGUUAAAUGGAACUCGGUCCGAGCUCUUCUCCUGCCUAAACGGCACACCACAAGGAAGUGUCAUCAGCCCGUUAUUGUUCAUCAUCCUCAUUAACGACAUUGCCAAGAAACGCCGCUCCUGUAUGUCGGGAAUGUACGCCGAUGACAUUUUCAUCUGGCAGAAGCACCGAAACUUACACUUCCUGAGAAAAAAGGUAGAAAAGGACACACAAGAUGUUAUCGUCGAGCUCAGACUAUGGGGCUUCCUAGUUUCGGCAGCAAAAACCGGAGAAAUAGUUUUUUCCAAGCGGAAUAUACCCGAAAAUUUGAGCAUCACAGUAGACGGAGCUAGCAUCCAAGUGCAAAAGUCAAUCAAACUACUGGGCAUGACACUCGACAGCAAACUAAAUUGGUGCAAACAAAUAGACGACGUCGUCAGCAAGUGCUCAAAAGUUUUAAAUUUACUACGCCUCAUAUCUGGAACGAAAUGGGGCGCACACGCAAAGCCCAUGCUACAAAUCUACCAGGCUCUGAUCCGCUCAAAACUCGACUAUGGAGGAGAACUCAUCGAGUCCGCCUCUAUCACAGCAAAGAAAAAACUGGACAAAAUCCAAGCACAAGCGCUGAGAACAGUGGUGGGUGCGCCAAGGGACACUGCAACAGAGGCCCUGCUACGAGAGACGGGCGAAAUGCCCUUGCACCUUAGGAGAAAUCUCGCCAGCGUCAAACAUUAUUUAAGGUGCUACGAGGUGAAGUCUGACCUGCUAGCAGAAAAAGAAGAGUGGUUCAAAAACGCCGAGCAGUGUUUUCUCUCCAGAGUCGAGUCCGUUACAAACACCUUGGACCAUCAUCCUAAAUCAGUCGAGAAAUUAUCCAUCAGCAAGCACCCGCCAUGGCAGGCUUUGCUUCCGGAAGUCACGACGUACACACCAAACGACCUGAAAUGGCAAAAUGUGGUCCACAUUUACACAGACGCAGCAAAAUCAAAAGACGGGCGAUGUGCUGUUGCCUUUGUGGUACCAGAGAAAGUCAUCGUUGAGCAGAAGCGUCUGGUGGACGGUUUGGCGACAGCAAAGUGUGAACUCGUAGCAAUACACCUGGCAGUAAAGUGGGCAGAAGCACACGCAACACUGGGGAGCUUUGUUAUCCUAACAGACUCAAAAAAGGCAUUGCAAAUACUCCACUCAAGUAGUGAAAACAACAGUGUCAAAACAAGCACCGUGGACACCUGGCGAGCACUCUCCAGAGCUGGCACAACUGUCAGUUUUUCGUGGGUAAAAGGACACAGUGGAAUAUCCGGCAACGAGCAAGCUGAUCGUGCUGCCAAAAAUGGGCUGGAGCUAAAACCUAGCCUCAGCUGCAGAAGAGACACAAACGACAUCCGUGAAAACGUUGAAGACCUCCUCCUGAAAAAAUGGCAAGGCCUCUGGGACAAGCCGAAAACGGAAUGUGGACUUUUCACCCACAGACACAGUCCAGUCGUGUCAAGAAUCGCCUCCCUGUUCGGCCAGUCAAGAAGUGAGCAAGUGUUCUUAUCGCAGAUUCGCCUCGACAUGCUGCCGCUAAACUAUCGUCUGUUCAAACGCAAAAAACAUCCGACCGGUCUCUGCUGCAACUGCGACGCCGAAGAAAAAGAAAAUGUCGAACAUGUACUGCUGGCCUGCCCGGCGUACGCAAAGGAGCGAGAAGAAAUGGUGUACGUAGUGAGCGAAAACACUCCCACACUGCAAGAGCUGCUAAAUUUCAACGACGAGGUAACUCUCAAAGCCGUUUUGGACUUCUUUAAUGCCAUAGGCAUCAAAGCCCGACUCGGUUUCUAG